ACUUCGUCUCCUCUCCCCUCCAAAACCCUAAACCCCCCAAACCCUAGCCGCCGCCGCCGCCGCCGCAGUCGUCGCCGUCGUCGCAGCAGCAGCGGCAGCGUCACCACCGCGACCGGCGGCUGCAGCGAUGUACUCUAUCCUUCGCCGCGCGGCGCCGCUCCGGCGGCGCGCCGUUUCCGCCCUGGCCGCCGCGGUUCUCCGGCGGGAGGAGGCGGCGGCGGAGGUGGUCGUGUCGCGGCGGGCGACGAUCCCGGCGGCGUGGUUCCACUCCUCCCCGGCGUGGCUGGGGUUCCGGGAGACGGGGGCCGCGGGGGCGGCGGCGAGGCCGCAGUACGCGGCGGAUGAGGGGUUGUUCUACGAGGAGGAUAAGAGGGGGGCGAAGGCGGGUGGAGUUGCUGCGGGCGGCGCGGAGGAGGGGUUGGAGGUGGCCAAGCUCGGGAUCUCGCCCAAGAUCGUCAGCCAGCUCGCCUCGCGCGGCAUAACCAAGCUGUUCCCAAUCCAGAGAGCUGUCCUUGAACCAGCAAUGCAAGGAAAGGACAUGGUUGGUCGUGCCAAAACAGGUACAGGAAAGACUUUGGCUUUUGGAAUCCCCAUACUGGACGCAAUUAUUCGGCACAAUGAAAAGAAUAGCCCUGGUAAAUUUCCCUUGGCUAUUGUUUUGGCCCCAACAAGAGAACUCGCGAAACAAGUUGAGAGGGAAUUUUCUGAUUCUUCCAAUGUGGAAACGAUCUGUGUAUAUGGUGGAACUCCAAUUAGCCAGCAAAUAAGACAACUCAAUUAUGGAGUUGAUGUUGUUAUUGGGACACCAGGACGAGUAAUUGACCUGCUUAAAAGAGGUGCUCUGAAUCUGUCAGAGGUCCGGUUUGUUGUUCUUGAUGAAGCAGACCAGAUGUUGUCAGUGGGUUUUGAUGAAGAUGUUGAGACAAUUUUGGAUAGAGUACCUCCAAAACGUCAAACCUUGAUGUUCUCUGCGACUAUGCCAACUUGGAUUCAGAGACUCACCCAGAAAUACCUUAAGAAUCCUGUUACAAUUGACCUUGUGGGUGAAGAUGAUCAGAAGCUAGCAGAAGGAAUCAGUCUUUAUUCUAUCGCUUCAGAGGGCCAUGCCAAACCUGCUGUCCUUGGAGAAUUGAUUAAGGAGCAUGCAAAAGGUGGUAAAUGCAUUGUAUUUACACAAACAAAAAGAGAUGCUGAUCGAUUGUCCUACACCAUGGGUCGGAGUUUCCAGUGCCAGGCCCUUCAUGGGGACAUCACACAAGCCCAAAGAGAGAGAACAUUAAAAGGAUUCCGUGAAGGCCAUUUUAAUAUUUUGAUUGCCACUGAUGUUGCUGCUCGUGGUUUGGAUAUCCCAAAUGUAGACUUGGUGAUACAUUUUGAAUUGCCAAACUCCUCGGAAUUGUUUGUUCACAGGUCUGGCCGAACUGGCCGUGCUGGAAAGAAGGGUAAGGCAAUUGUUAUGCACAGCUAUCAACAAAGUAGAGCUAUCAGGAUGGUUGAGAAUGAUGUUGGCUGCAAAUUUACAGAGCUUCCAAAGAUUAAUGUUGAAGGUUCUGACUUGAUGAGUGGUGGCUUUGAUUCCUUCGGUGGUGGUGGAUUUGGUCGUGAAGGGGGUGGGUCCUAUGGGCGUCGUGGUAGUUUUGGCAGCUCUUCAAGCCGAGGCGGUGGGUUUGGUGAUUCAGGGUUUGGUCGUUCAGGUGGUGGAUUUGGCCGUUCUGGUGGUGGAGGAUUUGGCCGUUCCAGUGGUGGUGGCUUCGGUGAUUCUGGGUUUGGCCGUUCAGGUGGUGGUGGUUUCGGAGACUCAGGAUUUGGUCGCUCAGGUGGUGGCGGUUACGGUGAUUCAGGAUUUGGUAGUUCCGGCGGUGGCUCAGGCCGUUCUGGUUUUGGCCGGUCAGGUGGAUUUGGAGAUUCUGGCUCAGGUAGGUUUGGUGGGGGAUUUGGUAACUCUGGCUCAGGCAGUUUUGGCAACUUUGGCGGCAACAAUUCUGGACAAUCCGGUGGGUUUGGCUCCUCUUAGAUUGGCAGCUUCUAUACUAGGGCAAAAGUAACUACAGUUUUUUAUCUAUGCUAUGGGUGCCUGCUACAAAUUUAGAUGGACGGUUUUCAGAUAUUGUCCACCACCACAGAAGGGAAUUCCUGACCAAUUGUUUGUUUUCCGGAAUCACUACAAGACUGGAUAUCUAGUGCAAAUAGCAUAUGCUUAUCGUUAUUAUGGGUGAAGGGAAUAUGAAGGCAGCAGAAAAUAAUCACGAGUCUUAUUUUGUUUUUCUUAGUUAUUCCUCCUGCAGGCAUUCAUGUUUGCAGGAGGACUUUAGUUUCUGGUGCUCGAUCUAGCUCAUACCUGUAAAAUAUGGCAGAGGAUCUUCUGCAGAUGAUAUAUUAUAAGUAUCUUUUUUUGGUAGUAGUUCUGUAUUGUAUUUACCGGUGCCUUUCUAGACUAUAAUAACCUAGAUACCUAAUGAUCAGAAUUGCGGCUUCAAUUCU